AUUAAUAACUUUUUCAGUUGAGAGAAAUGCCAAUUACAAGUUUUAAAAUUGACACAGUGUAUGAUCAAUUUUAAAUUAAUGAAAAACAUUUUGUUAAAAUUUUGUAUUUAUUAUUUUUUGAUAAUAUACGUGGAACUCAAUAAAUGUAUAUACUUGUCCAUGCUGUUUUCUUUUGCAAACAACAGAUUUGCGAUCUUAAUUAAAGAAAAUUCAUUUGUAAUUUACAUUAAAAUCAAAUCUACCUACUUUGUAAAUAAAUUUUUGUAGGUUAGAUUCAAAGCUAAUGCCCAUUAAAAUUUUUAUAUAGGAAUAGUCACAGGAGAGUUACUUCUGAAAUAAUUUGGGCAGCAAAAAUUAUAAAAUUGAAUCCAAGAAUACUUUGCAUAUUCAAUUUGACAUUUAAAAAGUAACAGUCAAUUUUCGUUAAUACAAUGUAUUAUUACACAAAUAACGAAAAAGCGGGCAUGCUCUUAAUCCAUAGAGAAUGAAAGAAAAAUGCUCCUGUGGCAGCAGCUCUGUACUUGGAGGAGUGUCCAAAUCGAAUGCUUAUGGUCCUGAAACAUAAUUAGAGUUCUUGAAACAGUAGACAAUUACUUGUCAUUUUGACGACUUCACUCAUUUUCAUCCAGCUCACUUUGAUUACUGAAUUAAUUUAAAUAAAAUAUUAUAUCCAGUUACAUAUGCUAAAGGUAUUUUUGGUUUCUAAAGUAACUCUCCUGUCACUGACUCUGUACAGAAUAAAAAUGUAAUAUAAUAAUUAUUAGAAAAAAAUGUCAUUACAUCCAAAAUUACUGUAAGAACACAUAUACUAUUAGCCAGAAAAAUAAAAAAUAGAAAAACGACUUCUUCAGCUAUUUCUACUUCCCCUCCAGUACCUACGCCACUGUCAUUUAACUGGAUGCUGGCAGUGAGGGGAGAUCACAUCAAGGUCGACAUUUGACGUUUAAUUUUACAUAACCUAUCAAAACUAUUUUCUUGUUUUUAAUCUGAAAAAUUGUGCUUACUCAUCACUUGUUCAGAAGUCAUCUAAAAAUCUGAAAAUCAUUAUUCGCAACAAAAUAGUUGAAAAUGUCAGUGCAAAAAGUUGCUCUGGUAACUGGUGGCAACAAAGGCAUCGGAUAUGCAAUUGUAAAAGGCCUUUGUGAGAAGUUUCAAGGUGUAGUUUACCUAACUGCAAGAGAUGUUGGUAGAGGAGAGGCUGCUGUGGGCAAACUGAAAGAACUUGGAUUCAACCCCUUAUUUCACCAACUUGAUAUUAACGACCAAAACAGCAUCACCAAACUUAAAAAUCAUUUGGUAGAAAAACAUGGGGGUCUCGACCUUGUAGUGAAUAAUGCUGCUAUUGCAUUUAAGAACGAUGCCCCCGACCCAUUUAGUGAACAAGCAGAAACUACAGUUGCAGUUAAUUAUUUCUCUUUAUUAAGAGUGUGUGAAACUUUGUUUCCCAUCUUGAGACAAAAUGCCAGAGUUGUUAAUUUGUCAAGCUCAGCAGGGCACCUAUCAAGAAUACCCUCACCUAACUUGAGGGCAAAAUUCAGUGAUCCAAACCUGACUAUACCACAACUAAAUAAAUUGAUGGAACAAUUUGUUCAGGAUGCUAAAGCUAAUAAACAUCAGGAAGCUGGCUGGGGCACCUCUGCCUAUGUAGUUUCUAAAGUCGGCGUGAGUGCGCUCACAAGAAUUCAACAAAGAGAAUUUGAUAAAGAGACACCCAACAGGAACAUCUCUGUGAAUUCUGUUCAUCCAGGGUAUGUUGAUACUGAUAUGACUAGUCACAAGGGCCCAUGGACCAUUGAACAAGGGGCUCGAGCGCCGCUGUUUUUGGCCUUGGAAGCAGAAAAUUUGAAAGGGCAAUAUAUCUGGUCUAAUGCAGCAGUCGCUCAAUGGGACGCUGAUAAGCCCACAGCAACAGUUUAAUAACGUUUGAAAUUAAAACUUUUACAUUCAAAUUUCACAAUUACAAUUAUUAUUACUGAUCA